GCCCUUGAUUCUCAACGCUCGCUGUUUUCGCUGAUGCCAUGCUGGGCUAGGGGCUUCGGAGAGAAAAGGCAUUUGCCUGUAUCCGGGUUAGACAUGGAAGGAAAAAAGUUUCAUGUCUGUCUGAAAACGUAUAACACGAGCUUGCUCUAACGGACGGUAUUUAUGCGGAUAUUCGAUACUCUUGCGCUUUUUCAUUUUACGCUAACGUCGUUUUCUUGUUAGCUAACGUUAGCUGUCUGGCUUCUUUUGUGUUCUGCUUUUCUUCCUCUUUUUUUCAUUAGCCAGUUAGCUUGCUAGCUCGACUGGACUUUAUGCCUGAGAUGUGGACUUGAUCAUGGCCGCACAAGUGGCAACAGCCCCAACAUCAAAUGGUAAGAAAAGGUCGAAUUUAGCUAGUAGCUUGAGUCAAGAUUUGAAAUCUGGCAAGUCUGGAGUAGUUGGUGGAGCUGUGCUUGGGGUAGGAAAUGGGACUAGCGUUCAUGCUAUGAAUAAUGUAGAACGCCAUGAACUGAACCCGACCAGUAGAGCUCGAGCUUCUCCUGCAAACAACGACUCGAAUCCACGUGAGAAGGAAAGUAGAGAUUCUAGAUCGGCGUCUUUUUCGACUUCAAAUUCUAGCAUGGAGACGGGAAUGUUUGUGAGUCAUAAAGUGAAAAAUGUUGGUGGCGAAGAUACUCCAUCUCUUCACCACACACCUCCUCAGCAACAGCCAUUCAACCAAUUCAUUCAGCACCAACAACGCCAAAUUCAGAACAACAACCAGCAGUCGCUACAUGGAGAAAGUGGAAACCGCCAACAUGGAGAAAGUGGAAACCGCCAACAUGGAGGAAAAGGGAAUGUUGUUUUAGGGAAUACAGUCGAACGCCAUCAGCAACAGGAAAUGCUGAAUAAAAAUGAGGACGACCAACCGAGCAAAACGGAAGACCGGUUGGACAGCAGGUACGAGCAUGCCAGUUCGGGACCAACGAAUAACAUCAACCCGUCCCAAAGUGGUACCAGCUCAGUUUCGGAGUUUAAUAGUUAUUAUGGAAAUGGUAAAGGAGGGCCUUGCUUUGAUCAACAUGGCGGACAACAAAGCCCUGGGUCUGGGAUAAUGCAUUCGGUACAACAGAAUAUGGAUCAAGUUCAACAAAACUCUCACGAAGGGUACCACAACAACCCGUACAACCACUACCCGACUUACCGACCUGGCUACGGUAAUAGUGGAUAUGGGAUGAUGAGUCCCUCUCGGCAGGGGAACAACAUGAUGGGCCUAGGCAGCAACACGGCUGCUGCUAAUCAUAGCAAAGCUGCCAUGGCCGCUGCCUCUUCUGGUGGUGCUAAUGUUGGAGGGUUUCAGAGAUUUCCAGGGCAAACUCAGCAACAUCCUUCGGGGGCUACCCCAACUCUAAACCAGCUACUGACAUCCCCGAGUCCUAUGAUGCGGGGCUAUGGCGGUGGCUAUCAAGAUUACACUAAUCCCUCUGCUCAACAACAACAACAAUCAAGCAUGGGGCUGACCAAAGACAUAAACCCCCAAUACGGUCCAGUUACACAUGUUUGGGGAGGACAACAAAGAAAUCACCCUGCCAUGAGCCCUGGAAACAACGGACAAGGAAGCGGCAGAUCACAGGUGCCACCCAUGGACGCCAUGGCCAUGAAGCGCUCUCAGCUCUACGGCAUAGGCAACAACCCUUACUCCCAGCAACAACAGGGCGGGGGCGGGUCUUACCCUGGCCAGCCAUACGGAUCGCCUUCUCCUCACCGCUAUCCAAUGGGAAUGCACGGGAGGGGUCAGGUGGGCAUGAGUGGAAUGCAGUAUCCUCAACAGCAGCAGCAGAUGGUAGCCCAGUAUGGACAGCAGCAUCAGGGGCAGCAGCAGCAGGGUGGGUACUGCCAGCCGCAGGGCCAGUCCCCGUACUUCAGCCCUCCCCAGCAACAGCCCACCACCCCCACACAGCCCCCCUACAUGCAGCCACGCCCACCACCACCACAACAGGACCUGUCUGGCACCAUAGAUGAUCUUCCUACGGGCACAGAGGUGGCCGUCAGCUCAGCGGUCAGUGCUUCGGGGUCCACCAGCAGCCAGGGCGAGCAGAGUAACCCGGCCCAGUCGCCUUUCUCACCCCACGUAUCCCCGCGCCUCCCCGGCCUGCGCAGCGGCCCCUCCCCCUCCCCCGUGGGAUCACCCGUUGGCUCCAGCCAAUCACGCUCCGGGCCAAUCUCCCCCGCCAGCGUCCCAGGCACCCAGAUGGCCCCCCAGACCCCUGGGAACAUGUCUGAUGUGGGCUCCCAUUCCACCCUGAGCCAGUCCCCCAUGUCUCAGGAGAGAGGGUUCCCACCUGCCAUGCAGCGGAACACCCCAGGCCCCCAGCAGUUUGGCCCCCAGCAGUCGGGCCAGGGGCCCCCCGUGUCCCCUCGCCCCUCCCUGGGGGGCUCCAUGCACCCGGGCUCCUAUCAGCAGCAGCAGCAGGGGGGCCCUGGCCCCUCGUACGGAUCCCAGACCAGCCAGUACGGCCCCCAAGGUAACUACCCCAGGCCCCCGAACUACGGCGGGGCUCCCAGUGCCAACUACAGCGGCCCCGGCCCUGGCAUGAGCAACAGUUUGGGCAUGAACGCCAGCAGCCCCAUGCAUGGCCAGGGCCCCGGACAGCCCUGUGGCUCCAUGCCCGCUGGGCGAGGCUUGGGUCCGGGGGCCAGCGGGCGCCCCUACCCCUGUGCCACCACCAACACCAUGGCCCCCACCUCUCCCAGCAUGCCGCAGCCUGCCGGACAGGGUCAGGGCAUGAGACCACCCCUGCCCAACGUUAAUCGCAAGCCGGGCCACGAGGCAGGCCCCGGCCCCAACGCCAUGCAGGGUCCAAACGCUGGUCCCAACCCCUCUGCCCAGGGCCGGCAGGGAAUGACCCCCAUGCCGCACCACCCAGGCAUGAACCCCAUGGGCCCCGGAGGUGUGGGCCCCGGCCCUGGCGGUGUGGGCCCCGGCCCCGGAGGUGUGGGCCCCAGCCCUGGAGGCCUCUACAGCCAGCAGCCAGGGGCUAACACCUCUGGAAGGAUUACCCCACAGGGGCCCCACCCGCUCUACAACGCACCCCCACCCUCAGGGCCCAUGCAGAUGGGAGGAGAGGGGAUGGUGGGUCCCCCUGACCCCAAACGGAGACCUCCAGAGCAGCACAGGGAGGGCAACACUCCUGCCCCUGCCGUCGAACCACCACCUAAACCCAAGAAGCCCAGCCCGGCCACCAUGACCAAUGAGAAGAUCCGCAUCCUGUAUGAGAUGGGCGGGGAGCCCGAGAGGAGGAUGUGGGUGGACCGCUACCUGGCCUUCAUGGAGGAGAGGGGCACGCCCGUACCCAUGCUGCCUGCCGUGGGCAAGAAGCCCCUGGACCUAUGCCGCCUCUAUCUGUCUGUCCGAGAGAUAGGAGGCCUGGCUAUGGUGAACAAGAGUAAGAAGUGGAGGGAGCUGUCAACCCACCUCAACGUGGGCACGUCCAGCAGCUCCGCCAGCUCUCUGAAGAAGCAGUACAUCCAUUACCUGUUUGCCUUCGAGUGUAAAGUGGAGCGGGGAGAGGAGCCGCCGCUGGAGAUACCGGGAGAAACCAAGAAACAGGCCCAGGCGCACCAGGCUAGGAUCCAGCCGCCCUCACCAGCCAACUCCGGCUCCCUGCAGGGCCCCAAUACCCCCCAGUCUACAGGCAGCAGCUCCAUGAGUGAGAUGCCAGAGGGUAUGAAGCGCCCCACCCCAGCCACCACACCCCACGGACACAUGACCCCACAGCCAGGAAACAGGAACAGUGGUGGUAUCCGUGUCCAGGAUCCCUUCUCAGAGAUCAGUGACCCUGCCUUCCACAAGCGAGGGCCCAUGCCCUCUGGCGCCCCCUACCAGCAGAGUGGCAGUAGUUCAGACCCCUCCAUGAGGAUGCAGUACGACGCCAACAAGGACCUCUAUGGAGGGCCCCAGAAAGGGCCAGGGGGCAGUGAGUCCUAUGGACCAGGUCAGAUGCCCAGCGGUGCCGUGCAGGAUAUGUACCCCCGUGGUGCUCCCUCAGGAGCCAUGCCAGGGAUGGGCCCCGGCCCGCGGCCACAGUACCCCUACGGGCCUGGCUACGACAGAAGACCAGACCAUGUGAUGGGUCCAGAGGGGGGUAUGGCUCCCCCUGGGGGUCAGAACAAUAUGGGACCUUCCAGCGGUGACCCCAGCAUGUACUCUGCCAACAGAUACCCUCAGCAGAGACCACAUGGACAUGAGAGUUACGGGCAGCAGCAAUACCCUCACGGCCCCAUGCCCUACGGCUCUCACCAGCCUGGAAUGUAUCCACAGCAACAGGGCUAUAAGAGGCCAGUAGGACCAGAGGUUAUGUACGGUCCCCCUGCUAAGCGCCAUGAGGGUGAGGCCUACGGCAUGCAGCAGUAUGGAGGGCAGCAGCCAGGCAUGUACAGCCAGUACGGAGGUAAUUACAUGGGGCCAGAGCGCAGGCCCAUGCAGGGCCAGUACCCUUACCCCUACAGCCGAGACCGCAUGGGGGCCACCCAGGGGCCACAGCAACACGCCAUGAUGAGUGGAGGUCCCCCUGCUUCUUCCGGAGCCUCUGCAGAGGGCCCACAGGUCAACAUGUGGCACCCCAGGACAGACAUGGGCUACCCCGGGUCUUACCGUGGCCAACUGGGCCAGGGGCCCCCUUACCCUGGUUUGGGCCGGGGCCCGGGGGAUGACCCAGAGGGAAGGAGCUCCCCAGAUGGGCAGUGGCCCCCCGGACCUCCAGGCCAGCACCAGCCCCCGUAUCCACCCCACUCCUCCUCGGCCUCCUCCAUGCCCCCAAUGGCAUCCAGACAGCCCCCCUCCUCCUACCAAUCCAACCCCGCCAUGGCCAACCACAUCUCUAGAGCCCCCAGCCCCUCGCCCUUCCCCCGGCCCAUGGGGGGAUCUGGACCCCUGUCCCCCAACAAUGGGGGCCCCUACAUGGCAUCUCUGAAGAAGGCAGGGAUGCCCGGAUCCAUGCCAGGCUCACUCGGUGGCGGAGGGAUGUCAGGGCAGGGCAUUCUACCUCUCCACAGAGAUAUCAGCUUCCCCGUGGGGUCAGUGGAGGCCACCCUGCCCAAACUCAAGGCCCGACGCAGACUUACCUCCAAGGAGACCGGAACUCCGGAGGCGUGGCGCGUGAUGAUGUCCCUUAAGUCAGGUCUGCUGGCGGAGAGCACGUGGGCCCUGGACACCAUCAACAUCCUGCUGUAUGACGACAACACUGUGUCCUCCUUCACCCUCGCACAGUUGCCUGGCUUCCUGGAGCUGAUAGUGGAGUACUUCCGCCGGUGCCUGAUCUCCAUCUUUGGGAUCCUGGAUGAGUAUGAGGUGGGCACAGAGGGACAGAGGACGCUGCUAGGACCAAUCGCAGACCAGGAGGAAGAGCCUGCCGUUCCAGAGCUCGGCAGCCAAUUAUGCGAAGAGCAGAGGGAUAGCAGGCCAGAAGAGGUGGGGAUAGAGAAGCCCACAGCCAACGGCAGCACAGAGGCGGUGGUCUCAGAGGAAAAGACGGAGGAGCCUGUCGAGGUGACUGUGAAAGAGGAGAAGGUAGAAGUGGAAGAAUCUGAGGUGGGGGCAACCACAGAGCAGUCUGAGCCUCCCCAGCCCGAGGGGCCCCCAGAGCCGAGGCCCAAACAGGCCAGUAAGUACGACAAGCUGCCUGUGAAGGUGGAGGAGAAGAGUGCGGAGGAGGACCAGGUGGAGGAGCGCCAGGGACUCAGCCUGCCCAGGGGCUUCAACUCCGGCCUGCUGCACUGGAAGGCUGGAGGGGGGGACUCCACGGCCCACAUCCAGACACACUUCGAGAAACGCAGCAAAGAGACGGACAGCAAGCAUACAGAGAGGGUAGGAGAGCAGGAGGAGGAGAGGAAGGUGGAAGAAGGGGCCGUUGUAGAGAAGACCAUGACUGAUACAGCCACCGUGGACGAUAUGCUGAGUGCCCGACCAGGCUCUCGGUCUCUGUCAGAGAGGAACGAUCUUACUGGGACGUUCUCCUUUGUAGGAGGGGCGCAGACCCAAAGCCCUAUCUUGACCCUGCUGGAGGACGAGCCUCGCUGCUGGGACGAGGCGCCCCUCUCCACGGCCGAACCCUGGCAGGACGCCCUGGCCCGCCGCUGUGUCUGCGUCUCCAACAUCGUCCGCGGCCUCUCCUUCAUCCCAGGGAACGACAACGACAUGUCCCGCCACCCGGGCCUGGUGCUGAUCCUGGGGCGGCUGGUCCUUCUGCAUCACCUGCACCCCCAGAGGAGGAGGACGCAACCCAGCUACCAGAGAGAGGAGGAGCAGGGCCGGGCCUGCAGCAAGGACGAGUGGUGGUGGGACUGUUUGUCAGCCCUCAGGGAGAACACUCUGGUCACCCUGGCUAACAUCUCAGGUCAACUAGACCUGUCCCUCUACCCAGAGAGCAUCUGUCUGCCCAUCCUGGACGGGCUGCUCCACUGGAUGGUGUGUCCCUCUGCCGAGGCCCAGGACCCCUUCACCACGGCGGGCUGCUCCUCCUCCCUCACCCCCCAGAGAUUGGUGCUGGAGUGCCUGUGCAAGCUGAGCAUCCAGGACAACAACGUGGACCUCCUGCUGGCCACGCCGCCGUUCAGUCGUCAGGAGAAGCUCUACGCCACCCUGGUGCGCCACGUGGGUGAGCGGAAGUCCCAGGUGUGCCGGGAGAUGGCGGUGGCUGUGCUCUCUAACCUAGCGCAGGGGGACCCGACGGCGGCGCGUGCCAUCGCUCUACAGAAGGGCAGCGUGGGAACACUCAUCGGCUUCCUGGAGGACUGCGUGGCCAUGGCCCAGCACCAGCAGGGACCCCACAGCCUGCUACACCCAGCACCAAUCCCCCACGCCGAACCCCCCAGCGUUAACAUGAUGUGCAGGGCCGCCAAGGCUCUGCUGGCCAUGGCCAAGGUGAAGGAGAACCGGCCAGAGUUUGUUCUCUACGAGAGCAGGCUACUGGAUAGCUCUCUGUCCUCUGUGCUGAGCUCGUCCGUGUUGGCCAUCAUGUGUGAAGUACUGUUUAAGAUUGGACGCUCCUCGUGACAGCCACAGGCAAAGACACAGAGGGAGGGGGGGGUGCUUGGUCUGACAACCAAGCUACAGUGAACACGAACAUGGGUGUGCGUGGUAUAAUAUUUUUAUUUAAAUAAAACACAAUGUUUUUACAUACAAAUAAAUAUAUAGAAUAUAUAUAGCUCCUAUGCCCCAUUCACAACCUUCAUUUGGGAUUUUUAAAUCAUUUUAAUACAAAUAUUUAAUACUUUGUAUUUUACAUUUUUAUUUGUCGGUUCGUUUUUGUUUUAACCAAAGUUGGCACCCGAUGAUAGAGAACGUACUUUAGUUUUGGGGUCUCUUGCUCUUAAAAAAUGUUUGGUAAUUAUCCGUGGCUGUUUGUCUGUGUGGGAUCUUUCCGAUGGUUGUUUUCUGCAGGAAGAAGCAGACUUAUUUAAAUUGUGAAUCAUGUUGUAGAUAGACCUCUUAUGUAUUAAUGUAAAGAAAAAAAACACUGACUUAACUCUGAAUAUACAGAUCAUCGUGUAUCAUGUUCUGGGGGGGGGGGAGUAUAUCGUGCAAAAGGAUUAAGGGCCUGACUCAAUCAGAUCCACUUUAGCCGCCAUCCGCAUAGCUGAUGUUUUGACGGUGGAACUCGAUUAUGGGUGAUAAAAAUCAUUCAAACGAAAUAACGAGGAGUUCUAAGUCGACGGGUGUGGCUUCGUGACAAUAACCACAAGAGCAGCUGCUCACCAAUUUGACAGCACCGACACAGUUCCAUCUCCGACACCGCUAAAACACGAGCUAUACGGGUGUCGGCUAUCGCUGGUUAACGCUUGAUCAGAUUGCAUUUAGGCCUUAGUAGGCUUGUUUGGGGGAGAUUAUGAAAUGUGAAGUACAUUUGACCAUAGGCAACUGACCAUAAGCAUUGCAUAAUAAUAUUACAAUACCAGUAUAUGAGGGAGACAUGAGUCACCCUGUUCAACUGACUUCCUGGUAACCAUAGCAACAGACAGGUAAACUCUCAAACCCACAGUACAGUACUUCCCUCAGUCUUAUUUUUUCCUUUUAUAUAUAUAUAUAUAUAUAUAAGCCCAUUUGUAUAUAGAAGUUGUAUAUUCAGACAGCCCUAUUUGGUAUCUUCUCCUAGAGAAGUGAUGGUAGUUGAUCAUUAUAAUGGAUGUUAUGAUUACUUUGUAUUUGAAUAAUGGAUAUUUAGUGACUCUUCAACUGGAGGUCAGUCAUUUUAUGUAUUUAAAAGAAUUAUGUUGACUGACUGACACAGGUCUCUUGACAUAUAGGGAUGAUUUCAGUCUGACAGACUAGUUUUGACACACUUAUUUAGAUUGUACAGUCAGCUAACUAAUAGAUCACAAUGGGCAGAACUGUAUUCCGGAAUUGAAUUGUUUAAAAAAAAAUCAUGUCCGAUUGACAGUUAGCUUAACAUUCGAUGAACAUUUGUUUAUUCAGUAAAAUGUUUAUACUAUAUGUUCCACAUGUUAAGAAUAAAUGUACAUGAAAUCUG